AUGCACUGUGUUAGUAUGUCAAUUUCAGUGAGUUGAUUUUGCACCGGUGGAUACUGUUUAUUUUUUAUUUAUUUUUGAUCAUCUUGUAGGCCUUACCCAGACGUUUUAUUUACUAGCCCUAACUAGUAGACCUACCAGCUGUCCCAAUUCUCUCAAAUGGCCUCCUUCCCUCACCUGGCUGUGUCCCAAUUCUCUCAAAUGGCUUCCUUCCCUCACAUUCUUCCCUUCAUGACAAAUAUCUGACUAGUUGGACUGGAUUGUUUUUUUCAUCGUUUUAAUCAUGUCCUGCUGGUCUGGGCCCACAUUCACAAAGUGUCUCAGACAAGUUGUGGUCUAGGAUCAGGUCCCACCAUCCAGUUAUUGUAAUCUUAAUUCUGAUCCUAGAUCAGCACGCCUACUCUGAGAUGCUUUGUGAAUACUGGGCCAGAAGUCUUGAAGGAAAGGAAUAUCUGUCUAACAUGGUCUUGACACAGCUUAAGAGUGAUGCUCUUUGCACCUGACCCCACAGCACAUUAUGUACAGAUGGCUACCACUUAGCACAGGGCUGCCCAACCCUCUUCCUGGAGAUCUACUGUCCUGUGGGUUUUCAGUCCAACCCUAAUUUAACACACCUGAUUCAAUUUAUUAGCUGCUCAACACGACCUUAACUAGCUGAAUCAGAUAUGCUAAAUUAGUGUUGGACUGAACCUACAGGACAGUAGAUCUCCAGGAAGAGGGUUGGGCAGCCCUGACAUGUAUAUGGCCACUAACACAAUCACAAUCCUUUGUUUAAAAAUUCUAUAUCAUUAGCAUAGUUAGUAGCCUCUGAUUAUGGGUUCAGUUCAACAUUACAGGUGUUAUCUUCUAAUUUUUAUUUUUUGUUUCCCUUUUUUAGUUUUUGAGGCAUCUUUUUUGAGCAGCGACAAAUCGUAAGUUGGUCUCCUGUUUUUUUUCCACCUCCACGUUGACAUCGAUUUUGAAUCUAGUUUAGCAUUUUUCUUUCUGCCUUUUGUGAAGUAGCCUUUUUUCUCCUUUUGGAAAUCCCUAAAGCAAGUAGUUUUCUGCUGCUUUUGUGUUGUGAUAGCUACUACUCUCCAUUUUUUAGUCGUUUUGAGUAGCCUAGUAGUUUGCAUUUCACAUUGAACCCCUACUUUUCCAGUUUUCUUGAUUAAAAAAAAAAAAAAAAACUUUAAAAUUGGUCACCUUCACAAAGUAUUCACACCCCUUUACUUUUUCCAUAAUUUGUUACACAGCCUGAAUUUAAAAUUAUUAAAUUGAGUAUUCUUUUUUAAAGUCACUAGCCUACACACAAUACCCCAUAAUGUCAGUGGGAUUAUUUGUUUUGGCAUUUUUACAAGUUAAUAAAAUGAGAAGUUGAAAUGUGUUCAACCCCUUUGUUACGGCAAGCCUAAAUAAGUUCAGGAGUAAAAAUGUGUUAAGCAAGUCACAUAACAAGAUGCAUGGACUCACUGUGUGCAAUAAUAGUGUUUUACAUGAUUGUUGUAUGACAACCUCAUCUCUGUACCCCACCCAAACAAUUAUCUGUAUGGUCCCUCAGUCGAGCAGUGAAUUUAAAACCGAUUCAACCACAAAGAUCAGAGGUUUUCCAAUGCCUCACAAAGAAAGGUACCUAUUGGUAGAUGGGUAUAUAAAAAAAAAAAAAAUAAAAAAAAAGACAUUGAAUAUCCCUUUGAGCAUGGUGAAGUUAUUUAAUUACACUUUGGAUGGUGUAUCAAUACACCCAGUCACUACAAAGAUACAGGGAAGGAAACCACUCAGGGAUUUCACCAUGAGGCUAAUGGUGACUUUAAAACAGUUACAGAAUUUAAUGCCUGUGAUAGUAGAAUGGAUCAACAACAUUGUAGUUACUCCACAAUACUAACCUAAUUUACGGAGUGAAAAUAAGGAAUCCUGUAAAAAAAUAAUGCAUCCUGUUUGCAACAAGGCACUAAAUUAAUACUGCAAAAAAAAAAAAGUAGCAAUGAAAUUCACUUUUUGUCCUGAAUACAAAGUGUUAUGUUUGGGGCAAAUCCAAUACAACACAUUACUGAGUACCACUCUUCAUAUUUUCAAGUAUAGUGGUGGCUGCAUCAUGUUAUGGGUAUGCUUGUAAUUGUUAAGGACUGGAGUUUUUCAGGAUAAAACAUAAACAGAAUGGGGCUAAGCACAGGCAAGAUCCUAGAGGAAAACCUGGUUUAGUCUGCUUUCUACCAGACACUGGGAAAUUAAUUCACCUUUCAGCAGGACAAUAACUUAAAACGCAAGGCCAAAUCUACACUGGAGUUGUUUACCAAGAAGACAGUAAAUGUCCCUGAGUGGCCAAGUUACAGUUUUGACUUAAAUCUACUCAAAAAUGUAUGGCAAGACCUGAAAAUGGUUGUCUAGUAAUAAUCAACAACCAAUUGGACAGAGCUUACAUUUUUUUGAAAAUAAUAAUCUUAGACUUACCCGAAAAGACUCACAGCUGUAAUCACUGCUAAAAGUGCUUUUACAAAGUUUUGACUCGGGUGAUAAUACUUGUAUAUAAAUGUAAAUUAGAUAUUAAUUUCUCAAAUGUAGCAAACAUUUCUAAAAACAGGUUUUCACUUUGUCAUUGUUUGUAGAUGGAUGAGAUUAUUUUAAAUUCAGGAUGUAACACAAGAUGCGGAAUAAAUAUGAAUACUUUCUGAAGGCACUGUAACUGACAAUCGGUGACGGGUAACCAUCGAAGGGGCUGGUGAGAAACCGGGAUCCCCCAACUUACCAGGAGUUGAGAAAUACUGACCUGUCUAACUACUUACUUGUUAACUGGAGAUGUUUGCAUAUGUGACAACUGUUGAAGCACAACACACACUAAUGAAAGCCUUGAACAUAAGCCUAAACUGUUCUGCGCUCUUAAACAACUCUACAUGCUGUGUGUCUUUCUACUUCUUGUAAAAUAAUAUCUCUAAAUGGGGAGUUAAGUAAUCCACUAAGGGUCUGACUGCAUUAUAGAACCACCAAUAAGGCUAGGGAUCUCACGAUACGACAUCAUCAUGAUUCAGGUGCCAAUAAGAUAUGUAUGGCGAUUCUGUAUGUUUUGCGAUUCGAUGCUGUGAUUUGUAUUGCGAUUCGACGUUCCAAAGAUAUUGCUCACCAUGUCUUCUGCAGAGGGACAAGAGAAAACAAGUUUUAAUCAGUCAUGGAAAUGUGUUGGAAACAAAUUGGCUCCCUAUUUAAAAAUAAAAUGUAGAACAAGCUAUAAAGGAAAUACUGUAGUUUUGGUACCGCCAACUAGCACUGUACGUUAUUGUCAAAAAUAAUAUUCCGAUAUGUAACCAUCACAACCACCAAAGUGUAGUAACAACACCGUGUAGUACCACCCGAAAGGAGGCAGAUGACUUUCAGUUUGGAAUCAACCAGACUAGGGCCAUGUCCCAAUCAUCUCUUCUUCCCCCCCCCGAAGUGUGCAUUUGCUCACUUCCCUACACUGAUUUGAAAGGAAAUGACUCGAAGAAAUAUAGUGGAGCUCCUACUGGCCUAAGCCUCCACCAAUCAAAUGCUUUUUAUAUUUGUGUGGAGUAAUGACCGCACACUUCAGGAGAGAUUAUUGGGACUCUAGGAUUAUGUCCCUCUCCAGCCCAUAAUAGUCACAGCUGUGCAUGUUAUAUCACCUCUUACUCGGGUCACAUGUCCUGCCUGCGUUCUCCUGUCAUUGAUGCUAGUGGAUACUAACCCAGCCUUGUCAACUGGUCAGACAUGACAACACAUCUUAGCCAAAUCACUAACUGAAAAGCGCAUUAAGCUUUUGGAUAGACACCCAGACUCAACGCAGCAGUCUAAUCCGAAAUGAGUGUGUGUGUCCACCGUACAGAGACCCUGGCUGUGUCAUGUGGUCUGUUGUAACAUCUAUUUUUAUCAUUAUGAAAGUGGACACAAGCCACGAGGGCCUCUGCUUUGAGAUUGACAAAAACAGACAUUUGAGAAUGUCCUCCCCACACCACGCCAAGUAAUAACAUAUCCCUUGGUUUACAUCCCAAAUGACACCCUAUUUAUUCCCUGUAAAGUGCACUACUUUUGACCACAGCCCUGUGGUUAGCUUCUUCUGGUAAGAAGUAGUGCACUAUAUAGGGUAUAGGGUGCUAAUUGGGACUCGCCUCCAUAAUUCGAUUUACCACAAAAAUGUAUAAUAAUGAAAACAAGUGACUUAAAAUCACUUCCUGUUAAAGUAGUUCACAAACAUUUAUAAGAAGCAAUGCGUCAAGAGAGUACACAUGGUAGCUAAUAUACUAUAUGAUUUGUCCCAAAUAAGACCCUAUUCCCUACAAAGUUCACUACUUUGACCGGAGCCCUUUGAGCCCAUAUGGGCCCUAGUCAAAAGUCAUGCCAGCUGUGGAUCAUAUAGUUUGUGUAUCUAAUGACCCCAAUAUGCUCAGGUACUUUGGGUUUUUCUGAAUGGGACUAUUGACCUGCCCAAUUAAACAGUUUCUAACGUAUUUGUCAUGCUAAGUCUUGUUUGUUAUGAUAAUACUAUUCGUCCAACAGGUUUUUGGGGCUUCUUCCUUUACCGCCACAACUCCACGUUAUUUUUUUUGUGUGGUAUAUUUUCCCCUGAAGUACCUCAUGGGGGCUGCACUGAUCCAAAAACAAGAAAUACUGAACUUCUGGAGACUUUUCUAAUUCUAGAGACAUCGCCCCUGUAGAUGCACUAAAUCUCCCACAAUGCAUUGCUGAGCUCCGGCUCGGUUGACCAAUAAUGACACUCUUCUCUCCAACAGAAACAGGUAGGCAGGCAGGCAGACCACGACCGUCCAGGGUACAGGCAAUAUGGAGUGAGUUCUGGCUAUUUCAACCCUGCCUAUAUGUUCUAUAGAUGUAGGAACAGAUGGCUUUAAACCCUGAAAUCUGUGCAAAAUGGCUGUUGACAAACAUGGUGUGUGUGAAAAUAGCAACCCCCACCCACCUUCCUGUGAACAAAACCAUUACAUUAGAUUAUAGGCACACCAAAGUCGUCCUAUACAGUCACCAUGUACUGUGAGCCAUCACCCAAAGUCACCUAGAUACACAAUGAAGGGGAUGCUUGUUUUAAACAACCGGUUGUGUGUGUGUAUGUAAACAGACAGCUGACACACACACUCUGAAAUCAGGUCCAGUUUAUGUUGAAAAGCAUCCCCAAACAGGCACACACACGCAUAUCCACACACUCAGCUUCUCUCUCUCUCUCUCUCUCUCUUUCUCUCUCCCCUCUGUUUCCCCGCUCUUCUCCUUUUCAUCCCCUUCUCAUAAACAACCCAGCCGGUCUCCCACCACCACUAGCCUGAUGGCUGGCAACGUUACCAACAAGACGGACCCUCGCUCACUCAACUCCCGAGUCUUCAUCGGGAACCUCAACACUCUCCUGGUCACCAAGGCAGACGUGGAGGCCAUCUUCAGGUCGGGAGCAUGGACGGUACUAUGUAGGGUUGCACAAUUCCAGUAACUUUCUCUAAAUUCCCCUUUUAUUUAUAUAGAUUACUGAACAAAAAUAUAAACACAACAUGAAACAAUUUUACAGUUCAUAUAAGGAAAUCAGUCAAUUUAAAUGAAUUCAUUAGUCCCUAACCUAUGGAUUUCACAUGACUGUGCAGCCAUAGGCCCACCGACUUGGCAGCUAGGCCCACCCACUGGGGAGCCAGGUCCAGCCAAUCAGAUGUAAUUAUUCACCACAAAAGGGCUUUAUUACAGACAGAAGUUCUCUAAAAUGGCAUUGGAGGCAGCUUAUGGUAGAGAAAUUAACAUACAAUUAUCUGGCAACGGCUCUGGUGGACAUUCCUGCAGUCAGCAUGCCAAUUGCACACUCCCUCAACUUUGUGACAUCUGUGGCAUUGUGUUGUGUGACAAAACUGCACAUUUUAGAGUGGCCUUUUAUUGUCCCCAGCAUAAGGUGCACCUGUGUAAUGAUUAAUCAGCUUCUUGAUAUGCCACACCUGUCAGGUGGAUGGAUUAUCUUGGCAAUGGAGAAAUGCUCACUAACAGGGAUGUAAACAAAUUUGCUCCAAGAAUUGGAGAGAAAUAAGCUUUUUGUGAGAAUGGAACAUUUCUGGUAUUUUUUAUUUCAACUCAUGAAACAUGGGACCAACACUUUACAUGUUGCGUUUAUAUAGUUGUUCAGUGUAUAUACUUUUUUCAUCUUGGUUGGAAAAAUUUUCCGCAAUCAGGAGGGUAUAAGCAGGAAAUCUGGAAUCGUCUAACCACGAUUUCUGGAAAACUGGGGAAUUUUGGGAAAGUUACCAGAAUUUUGCAAGCCUAGUACUAUGGCUGAUCUCUGCUCCAACCUCUCAAGCCCCUGUGUAUCUGUUUCUUUGGAGAGGUUGGGCUGAAGCAGAAGACACGUUUCCAUUUGUUGUACAUUGGGCAAUAACGUAACCUUGUUCAUCUUCAGCAAGUACGGCAAGAUAGUGGGCUGCUCCGUGCACAAGGGGUUCGCUUUUGUCCAGUACGCCAACGAGAGGAACGCCCGGGCUGCCGUAGGGGGCGAGGAUGGGAGGAUGAUCGUAGGACAGGUGCUGGGUAAGAACCUGGACCACCGUUUCCUCCCUUUCUCCCUUGUCCUCCCUUUACCGCCAAUAGGUUUCCCUCUUCUAAAGGCAUAGUAUAUAUGGAGAUGUGAUCUUUUGGAUUUGACGCCCCUUCUUGAUUAAACUUUCUCUCAUUCUCCUCCUUUCUCUGCUCUUUCUGUCUCUUUCUCUCCUCUCUCUCAGACAUUAACCUCGCUUGUGAACCGAAAGCAUCAGAGAUUGAAGACUGUUAAGCGCUCUGCAGGAGACAUGUACAGGUGUGCCUCCUCGCUCUGUGAAUUUAAAUAGGAUCUUUACCAAGUGCUUCAGUCAAUCCUUUUGUAUAAAAAGAAAUGCAUGUAAAUGUUGAACUAUGCAAUCUACUGUUCCGACCAUGCUGUCUCUCACUCCCUGUCCCCCUCUCUCUCUUUUGUCUCUCUCUGUAUCUCUCCCUCUUUCUUUUUCUUGUUGCUUUCCUCCUCAGUUCUUCAUUUGAUUUGGAAUAUGACUUCCAGAGAGAUUACUACGACCGGUAAGCCUUCCUUUCUCAGUUGCCACACAUACUGUACUGACAAAGGGAUAAAGAUUUGAUCUUUUUGGUGUGUGUGUUGCCGUUGUAGGAUGUACCCGUACCAGUCCCGCGUGCCUCCUCCGCCUCCUCCCCCCCUGUCCCGGGCGGUGAUCCCCUCCAAGCGGCCCCGGGUCAGUUUGAGCGGAGGUGGUGGAGGAAGAGGAGGUGGAGGAGGAGGGGCCAGCCGACGCACCAAGACCAACUUCUCAUCCUCCACCUCCAGGAGCAGUCAGAGCAGGGUCUCCACCUCGCGCACCAGUCAGUACCACACACAUACAUGGAAUUACAGAUGCUUUUGACACUUCCGACAGUGAUAAUAUACACUGAGUGUACCAGACAUCAGGAACACCUUCCUAAUACUGAGUGGAAUCCUCCCCCUUUUUGCCCUCAGAACAGACUCAAUUCGUCGGGGCAUGGACUCUACAAGGUGUCGAAAGUGUUCCACAGGGAUGCUGGCCCAUGUUGACUCCAAUGCUUCCCACGGUUGGCUGGAUGUCCUUUGGGUGGUGGACCAUUCUUGAUACACACAGGAAACUGUUGAGCGUGAAAAACCCAGCAGCAUUGCAAUUCUUGUCUCAAACCAGUGUGCUUGGCACCUAUUAUCAUACCCCGUUUAAAGGCACUUAAAUAUUUUGUCUUGCUCAUUCACCCUCUGAAUGGCACAUAUACACAAUCCAUGUCUCAAGGUUUAAAAAUCCUUCUUUAAUCUGUCUCCUCCCCUUCAUCUACACUGAUUUGAAGUGUAUUUAACAAAUGACAUCAAGAAAGGGUCAUAUCAUUCACCUGGUCGGUCUGUCAUGGAAAGAGCAGGUGUUCUUAAUGUAUUUUAUACUCCAGAGUAUAUGAUAAUAUUUGCCAUUUAGCAGAUGCUUUUAUCCAUAGCGACUUAGUCAUGCAUGCAUGUGUUUUUACGUAUGGGUGGUCCCGUGAAUCAAACCCACAAUGCUGGGGUAUUUACGUAUGGGUGGUCCCGUGAAUCAAACCCACAAUGCUGGGGUAUUUACGUAUGGGUGGUCCCGUGAAUCAAACCCACAAUGCUAGGGUAUUUACGUAUGGGUGGUCCCGUGAAUCAAACACCAAUAUAAGCACACACUUACUAACUCUGAAUUGACUCAGAUAAUUUACCCUGUAGACGCAUGUAUCCAUGUUCAUUAUAUGGAAGUGAAAUCCAUACCUACUGUUAUUGAAUGCCUCUGACUCUCCCCUCUCUCUAACCCAGUGAAGGCAGAUGACCUGCAGACCAUCAAGAGAGAGCUGACCCAGAUCAAACACAAGGUUGACUACCUGCUGGAGAGUCUAGAACGCAUGGAGAAGGACCACACCAAGAAGUUAGGUAGGACGGGACAGACACUAGUCAGGAAGUACACAGACACUAGUCAGGAAGUACACAGACACUAGUGAUGGAAGUACACUUGUUGCCCACUGCGUUUUCAGACAUAUUAGGUAUGAAACAACACAUUUUUGUUUAUCAAUAAAACUCCCACUCCCAUCUCUCUCUCCCCUCUCCCUCUCUCUCUCUCCCACUCCCAUCUCUCUCUCCCCCCUCCCAUCUCUCUCUCUCUCUCUCUCUCUCUCUCCCCCCCUCCCCCAUCUCUCAUCUCUCUCUCUCCCAUCUCUCAUCUCUCUCAUCUCUCAUCUCUCUCUCCCCCUCCCAUCUCUCUUCUCUCUCUCCCCCUCCCAUCUCUCUUAUCUCCAGACAUGAAGAGUAGUGGGAAGCCUGAACUCGGGGAGGUGUCUCCUCUCCUCCACUGCGGAGGAAAGAAGGAGGAGAGCUUGAAGAGGGAGAGCCAACUGCUCAAUGACUCAGAAGAGGAGGAGGGAGACUUACUGGAGGAGGAGAGGAGGAGGUGA